AUGACGCGGGAGAGUAAGCUGUUAGAUCACUUACGAAACUACCAGGAAGUAUUUGAAGCUCGGUUUUUAUAUAGAGCUGCAAACUAUGUGCAAGACUUCAUUUUAAGUUGCUACAAGGGAAAUGCCGUGAGCUUCGCCGAGCGUGCGUUUAACAGAGGUGAACACCGCAAGAUCACGCGGAUCUCGGGCUGUGAACGCAGUUUUGGAUGGUCCAAGUGA